UAAUUGAAAUUAUUAUUAUUUGUUUUUAUAAUUAGUAAGUGAAUAUGAGUAAUAGUUAAUAAUUUAUUUUAAAUUUUACAAUUUUUUUACUUUAAUUAACUUUUAUAAAUUUCGUAAUAAGUGAAAAUUCGCGCCUUAAUUUGAUUGGUUGAUCGUAAUGCGCAGACUCGAUUUGAUUAUUUUGAUUUAUACAGCUGUCAAGUGUCAACAACUGUCACUUUUCUAAUAUUUUCUUCUGUGUAUUUAAAAAUAUAUUGUGUUAAUUUUUUUAUACAAACACAAUUUACAUAUUAAUAUAUAUUUAUUAACUUGAGAAACUAUCUAACACAACAUACUUUAUUAUAAAUAGGUAUAUACUAAUCUUCAAAGUUUUGAGGUUAUAUUUUGUGUUUGUUUAUAUGAAACAAUAAGUUAACAAUAGUAUUAAAUUCAAGUGUAACAAUAGAUAUAAUUAAAAGUUAUGUGGAGAAAAGGGUUCAUAAGAAAAUGUAUACGUUACUGAUGGAUGAGUAGAAAAAGACAGUCUGGACAAGUGCACCAAGUGCAGGGCGACAGAAGAGGUGGGACAAGAAUCGGAAAUAAAUCGGGGAGGGGUUAAGUUGCGUACAUGUCUCUUGGAUACCUAGACUUUUCUAUACUGUGUUGUUUUCAUUGUUUGGCUUUUAUUGAAUUUUUACAUUAAAAAAAUUACGAGGAAAACAUGGCUGGUGAACAAUUCUCUUUGGUUUGGAAUACAUUUCCUAGAAAUUUAUCUUCUGGUCUUUAUAAUUUAUUAACCGGUGAACAAUUAGUCGACGUUACCCUCGCUGCUGAAGGUCAAAUUUUGCGAGCCCACAAAUUAAUUUUAUCCGUUUGCAGUACAUAUUUUAGAGAACUAUUUAAGGGUAAUUCGUGUAAACAUCCAAUAGUAAUAUUAAAAGAUGUUAACUAUCGUGAUUUGUCUGCAAUGUUGCAUUUUAUGUAUCAAGGAGAAGUUAAUAUUAAACAAGAAGAUAUAGCGAGUUUUUUAAAAGUCGCAGAAGUUUUACAAAUCAAAGGACUCACAAAAAAUAAUGAUGAGGAAUGCUGUGAAAAGGAUACAGAAGUUUCAGAGCAUUCAAUAAUAAGUGAAAAAAAUGACACAACCCCAACUGCAAUGGAUAAUGAUUCCGAUGUUAUUAAAGAAAUAAUUGAACCUGCAGAAAAGUCCUGUCACUGUCCGUCUUCCAAUAAAAAUUCCGAACAAACAAAUGACAAGACGAGAGAAGAUUUAAUUCAAAAAAUUGAAUUAGAUCCCGAGCCUGAAGAUAUUGAACAAACAAUGGAAGAAUAUUUGGAGAAAGAAUCUGAUAGUCAAGAAGAUCAACCAUUGGAUUGUACUCUUGAUUUUAUCAAAUUGCCACAACCAGAACGAGAUUGGCGUGAUUAUAAACCGGGAAUUGAAACAACAUCAACAACGGGAAAUCAAGUAACAGAAUCGAUUGACAAACAAAUGGAGCAUCAAACGGACACAGUGACACAAGAUUUACCGCCUGAUCCUCAACCCGUACAAUAUUCAUCUUAUCAAGAACCUCCACUAAAUUACGAUAAUACAGAGGCAUCAUUUCAAAGUGAUUCUGCGAGUUGUAGUAAUCGAGGGAGGAGAACAGUAAAAGGAAUUCCAGGGAGCAGUUUAUCGUUAGAGACAACAUUACGGGUAAUAUCAGAACUUGGUCCAACGAUUCGCGUCGAAAGAGGUAAAGUAAUUCGAAUGUAUUCAUGUCCAUGGUGUUUACGACAUUUUACAAGAAAAGAAAAUUUAAAAUUACACGUAAGAUAUAUUCACGGUCCUCUUGAAAGUCUUACUUGUAAAUUGUGUGGCAACAAGUACAAAAACAGCAAUAGUCUGCGUGUACAUUCUUAUCUAUACCAUAAUGCAAAGAGAAAUAAACACAAUAAAUCACCACUCAUUACUGGUGGUGUCUAAAAAG